UAUGCUUCCGUAUUUGUCGAAUGAAGACGAUUACGAGGACUUCGAAUCUAGUAGAAGUGAUGUAGAUUAUAUUGAAACAGAAAGAACCUCUCAAAUAUUUCGUAUAGCUGAACCUUUAGCCACGGAAAGACCCACAGAAGAUGAUUUUGAAUCUGAUGAUGAAUCUUUUGGAUCGAGAGAAAUGAGUUCCUUAAUGGCUGAUACUGAAAUAGAAGUUAACAGUGAUGAUGAAAAGGAAAUUAUGAAACAAAUAAAGGAAGAGAUUACUAUGAAAUUAAAGAAAGAUAUGAAAACAGAGCUUGAUCUUAUCGAAGAAAAAAAGAAAAACUUACAUGAAGAGAAACUCGCUUCAGACGAAGAAGACGAAGAAGAAAUAGAUCCAAAGCUAAAGGAAGCUAUUAUUCAAAUGAAAAAGCUUGACAGAAUACUUAAGAAGAAAGUAAAAAGAGAAAAAGAAGUGAAGCGUGAUCGAAUACUUCUUGAGAGGAGACUAAAAGAAGAAUUGCAACAGCUUGCAAAUGACAAGGGCGAAAGUCGAGAAGUUAAACAAAAUAUGUCUAAAUUUUUGGCGCUGACGUUACCUGUAAGUCAUAAUCAAGGGGUAGAUGUGGAAAAAGAUGAUUUUUCUAUGUCUCCUCCCCUCUCUCCCGUCUUUGCAACACAACCCCCUGAGCAACCUGGAUCUCAAAGAUCACAAAACACUCAGAACAGCGCUUCUGAAAAAUCGAGUGAAAGGGGCAAAUCAAGAAGUAAUCCUAGCCAAGCUUCGUCAACUUCAAUGAAAAAUAGAAGGAAAAAUUUCAUAAAAAGAAAUAAAGAGCUUGCAGCGGAUGCUGCAAAUUCAAUAGCAAUGACUGAUGACGAAAAAAAGAGGCUUGCCGACCUUUUGAGCGAUAUUGACAAUAUACCAGACAGUAUUGAAGAAAGUAGCGUUUAUUCAGGGCAUACACUAACAACAGUAUCAGUUCCGAGUGAAAGGGGAUUUCAACCUGAAAUUGAAGAACAAGAACGCCUUGAAGCAAUAGAUUCGAAGCUGAAGUUUCUUUUACCACCAGAAGAAUUUGACGCAAUGACUUAUGUAUCAAAAGAUAGUGAAAGUUCCAAAAGUCGAAUUUUUUCUAGAUCUAAGAAGCCUAUAAUUGAGGUGGAUGAACCAGGAGAAGAAGUACUCCUCUGGCAACAAAGAAAUAGAGAGGAAUCUGAUAAGCUAUUAUAUAUUGAAAAUCAAUUAAAAUCUUUGUCAGAAGCUGUAGAGGAAGAGAUAGAAUCCCCAAAAUUGACCGAUGAACAACUGCUGGAACUAUUAGAACAAUGUAACAGAACUAUAUCUAACGGAGAGAGCAUCACAGGAUCAAGUCGGUCAGGAGAUACCUUAACAAAUAUAACAACCCCAUCGACUAACCGGCAACCUUCUCUGCCCGCUAUAGAUCCAAAGGGAACUCUUAUAACACAAAAUAUUAAUAACAGGUCUUCUGCUUCUUCAAUAAGAUCUAGUUGUUCUAACUCCAGUCGGUAUUAA